UGAUGGGCUUCGAUCUCUUGUCCGCUUCUCCGUCAUUCUCUGUACGGUCAUGCUGAACGGGCUUACAGUAUAUCACUUCCUUUUGAAGUUUCCUGCAAGCGUACCACAAACAAUAAUAAGUUACUAGGAACAAAUUCGGAGACUAAGGUGGAUAUAUUUAUCUGGAACAAGGAAAGGAUAACAUGCACAUGCAUAUACAGCUUACUGGCAACACUGUCAUGGAUUUAACUAGAUGAUCUGGAACUGGAAAAUAUAGAGGAAGAGGUUUACAUGCAAUCGCCAAUUUCAUGCACUGGUAAACGGUUUUUAAUCUUCCAUCAGAUAUGGAUAGAAGGCACAUGUUGGAUGAACCGGAACAGGAAGUGGGAAACACCAGUCUAUCGAGCAGCAGCGAUGACACCAACAUCAACGUCAGUAAUGACUUCCGACAUCUCAUUCACAAUCGCGACAGGCACAACGACAGUACCAUCAUCGGGGUCUCGACAUUGAUGCCGUCGCGACUUCUUACCUCGACAUCCGAAGCGUUGACGGAUGACGAAAUCUCGAACGUCGGCACGAACUCGAACGGACCGCGUUUGAGGUCAACGAACCACGACACGACCGUGAGCAUGAAUGGUGAGAAUGAGAUCCCGAUGAACGACCUCAGCAGCGAAGUCGGCUUUCGGCAACCCUCGGCAAUGUCCGUUGCCGCCACGACCAAGUUCACGACCAACACCGAGAGCCGUCCCGAGCGAUCGCGAAAGGUCAUCUCCAACUCCAAGUUCGAUUUUAGACAGAAGAACAAGUCAUCGUUUGCCCAUAUUGUAAAUGGAACGUACCCUGCAGCAAAAGUCGAGGGAAAUGGGAAGGCAAACCAAGGCUUUGUCGAUCCGGUCAUCGAGGAGGAGAUACGAAGCGUUAAGAGGACCAAAGAAGGAUUCUUCCAGGAUGUCAAGUCAAAGAUUCAGAGAACCACCAAGAGGAACAGGUUGAAUAAAGUCUACUCACCGGUGCUCAUUGUAAAUUUGACAGAGGCUGUUCGGAACGGCGACAUUAAAGACAUGAAGAAUCUUCUAGACGAGAAUAUUUCUUUUAACGUGAAUAAACUCGACAAGAACAACUUGGCAUUACUCCAUCAUGCGGCAAUUAACAACCGGGAUUCUAUCGCUAGAGAGCUACUUAGCAGAGGAGCAGAUGUGGACGUGACCGAGCUCGACAUCAAGGCGACCCCUCUUCAUGCCGCUGCUCGUAUGAACAGCGCCGACGUCGCCCAUGUCCUCCUAGCACGAUGCGCCGAUGUCAAUAAAAGAACGACCAGUGAGAUGACACCGCUUCACAUCAGCGCGCGGAGGGGACAUGUUGAGGUUUCAACGAUUCUAGUAAAAUCAGGAAAGGCAGACGUGAGCGCCAUAGAUAAAGACGAUUGUACACCUCUGCACCUAGCUGCGGUGAACGGAAGUGUGGGGGUUUGCAAGUUACUUGUCGACCAGGGGGCCUACAUUAGAGCGAAAGACGCUAACUACUUGACGCCGCUGAUGAAGGCGGUAAUGAAUGGUCAUGUCGACCUAAUCGACAUGUUCUUGGAAACAGCUCAAAGGACGUGCAUUCCAAUCGGUAACUACCUGAUGGAUGAAGACAAUGAGAGCAACACAUCUUUACAUCUAGCAGUCUCCAAACGAAGAACAGAGGUCAUACAACGGUUGCUUGACAACGGCGUCGACGUGAACGUGAGGAAGAAGAACGGCAUGACUCCGAUCCACAUCGCGGCUAUGAACGGCGCUACGACCACCGUCAUGCAGCUGAUCGAGAACGGAGCCGAUAUCGAGAUGAAAGACAACGAAGGCAUGACACCGCUUCACAGGGCUACGCUUUACAACCGUGUGGAGACCAUGGCUGUACUGAUCCACGAAGGAGCCGUGGUCGACGAUGUCGAUAAUAACAGCUUUACUCCGCUGCUCUGCGCAGCUUGGAAAGGUCACACACCGGCUGGUGAACUCCUACUAACCCGAGGAGCUCAAGUAUUCGUAUUCGACGUUCAUCACAAAUCUCCCUUGCACUGGGCAGCAGAGAUGGACCACCCUAGCUUUCUGGAAUUUCUUCUGAGACACGGCGGGUAUGGCCUCAUCAACACAACUGAUCUAUACGACCAAACACCUCUCCAUUAUGCAGCAGAAUCUGGCAAUGUAGAUAUGAUCAAGCUGUUGAUCAAGUACGAAGCUGAAGGAGAAAUUCGUGAUGUCCUUGGCAAGUCACCGGUCCACAUCGCAGCUCAGGCGGGGUAUGUGGCCUGCGUGGGGCAGCUCCUGGACCACACCCCAAUGCUUCUCAAUGAUGAUGAUGGCGAUGGUAUGACCCCUCUUCUUACCAGUUGUUUCUUCGGUCGUCAUGACUUGGUCAGGCAGCUCUUGAAGAUGGGCGCCGACAUCACCAAUGUCAAUGACGAGCAUCGGACAGCAUUGAUGUUAGCCGCAGUCAACAACCACGUGGAAACAAUGAGCAUCCUCAUCGAACACAACUGCGACAUCCAUGCUAUUGACAAAGAUAAGAACAACGCUCUUCACGUGUGUUGUGACGCGGGCCACAUAGCCGCAGCCAACCUGUUGAUCCGGGCUGGCGCUGACCAGUCGGCAUCAAACAACGACGGCUUCACCCCACUAGAACUGGCUAUCGAGAAAGAACAGGGCGAGAUUGCUGCCGCUAUCAUCAAGAGCAAAGACUGGAGAAUUGCCAUGCAGAGCAAGGAUGAGCUGAUGAUCUCGCCCAUAAAGUCCCUCAUCGAAAAGCUACCCGACGUCGCCCUCCUCGUCAUGGACCGAUGCGUUCACAAGACAUACAAGACCCCCAAUUGCCCAUCGUAUCACGUGAAAUACGAGUAUCAGUAUAUUGAUCCCGGACCAGACGACGAGUCGACCAAAUCAAACGGGUAUCGAUACUUCGCGAUCAGGACAAUGUGCAUGUACGGAAGAGAGAAGCUUUUGGCCCACGAGUUAUCACAGAGCAUCCUCAAGAGAAAAUGGGAUCGAUUUGGCCGAAUAUUCUACUACCUAGACCUUCUCUUCUACAUCAUGUUUCUGGCUUUGAUGACGACAUAUACGAUCCUCGCUCCGCUCCUUCCUCCAUUCUGGAGUCUUCUGUCAUAUUCGCCAGUUGACGCAACCUGCCCCUAUUUCAACGCCUCGAUAGCCCCGUCCAUCUCGGAUUACUACAUAUACGACGCCUCGUCGGAUUAUUACUACUUCGCCGAUGGCACACCAGCAAUCUUGUCAUACAUGAUACUAGCUUACUGUUUAUCUGUUAUCGUUGGAGAAUUGGGCGAAAUGUACGUCGUGCGGCUGAAAUACUUCACGGAUACAUCGAACCUGGUAGACUGGGUAUGCCUGGUGACAGCCAUGAUCUUCGUGUUCCCACCGGGGAGAUUGCUCUGCUAUCGGAACUGGACAGCCGGUAUCAUGUCCAUCUUCUUCUCAUGGAUGAAGUUCAUCAUGUACUUCAAGGGUUUCAAGACAACAGGGCUUUAUGUACUGAUGUUUAUGGAGACCCUUCGAUCUCUACUCAAGGCUAUGUCGGUGUAUGUUAUGUUCGUUAUCGCAUUCUCAGUCACCUUUUCGAUGUGUCUAAGUCAAACGUACCGAUUUGCGAGCAGCGAACAGUCUUUCCUGUCGGUGAUCACGAUGAUGUUGGGCGAGUUGAACAAGGACGAUAUCUUCAACGCGGAACAGUCCUUAGCACCGUUCGCUGUCAUAGUGUAUAUACUCUUCAUUGUGUUCCUCUUUCUCAUGCCAAUGGUGCUCAACAACCUGACGAUUGGUAUUGCAGUCGGAGACAUCGACGGCAUUCAAAAGAAGGCUUUCAUCAAGAGGAAUUCCAUUCAGGCGGAUUACGUGUAUCAUUUGGAAGGGAAGUUCCCUCUCUGGCUUCAACGCUUACUCUUCCAGCCUGAUCAUAUUGUCAAGGUUACCAAGGACAGACCACAGUACCUGUCAUGGUUCUUCCCGAAGGAAGAUGCAGCUUUUGUGGAGACAGACGACAAAUCGGAACCAAGAAACUCAGAACACGUACUGGAAGAGCUUCAAAGACACAAAGCCGCCCUGUCGUCUUUGAGACUGAUGAUGAAACAGCAGGGGGAUAUUCUGAGACGAAUGGCGGACAAAGAGGGCGUCCAAUCACGGCUUCAGGACUUCGAAGCCCUGGACGAGCUCUACGACGAUCCUCCGGCGGACGAGCGCGAUAGAAAUGACCCGUCAUCGUCCGUAGCGUAGUGAUGAAGAGAGAAAGGAGGGAGAGAAGGGGAGGGGGCAGGGAGCAGGGAGAGAGAGAGAGAGAGAGAGAGGAGAGAAGAGAGAGAGAGAGAGAGAGAGAGAGAGAGAGAGGAGAGAGAAGAGAGAGAGAGAGAGAGAGAGAGAGAGGAAAAGACAGCUAGUCAGAGAGAAAGAUUGAGACAGAGCCACAAAAGUUGCUGAAAAUUCCGAAUACAUGGACAAAAAAGGGAUCACCUUCGUCAGGCUAUGCAUAAAUAAUGAAUAAUAAAUCAAACACAGACAUUGGAUGAAGUUAUUCAUGCAAACAGACAGACAUACAAUCAGAAAACAGACAAUUUUAGUUAUUAGAAAUCGAUACAGAUUUGCGCGGUUAUAUAUUCAUGAAGCAAGCGGCAAAAGUGAUGCGUUUUUAAAUGUAUCAGAAUGCAAUACAAUUUGAAUAGCAGUUAAGAUCAAGAUCAAUAACUGUUGUACGAUAGCUGUUAAAUAGCCAUCAUUUAUUUGAAAUAACCUGUAUUUGUAUAAUGUACAUGUAUUGAAUGAAGACAAUACAAAAAAUACUUAAAAAGGAAAAAAGAAGUGCCAUUGAAUGAAGGUGUUGUCUAGUUUAUGCCUAGAAAGAAAACAUACAUUAUAUCAAAUGCUGAAACCAAAGAAAGAGCCAAAGUCUUCCUGCAACAGAAAGUCUAUGAAUAUUCGUUAUUUAAAAUUUGAUUGAACUUAACAUUAAGCAGUGUCUUUGCACAUCUCUGUGUCACUUCUGAUAUCACUGACUGUAAAACCAAAACUCUUAAAAAUAUCAAAACUUUGAUAUAUUAAAUGAGGCAGUGCCAAAUAAUUAUUUGAAAAAAAUUUGAGACAAUCUUCACAUAAGCUUAUUGAAAACCUAGCUCAUAUUCAACAUGUAGUUUCAUCCUGAUCGUUCACAAGUACUAUUUACAAUCUUAAAUACUUCUGAAAGUUUUAAGAGGUGAUUAAAGCUCAUGAAGGGUAAUUCUAACUUUGAUUUCAAUAAUAAUUGGAAGAAUUAUUUUAAUCCGGGAGUAUAUAUAUAUAUAUAUAUAUAACCCUCAUGUCAACAUUGUAAUCAGAGGAGUAAUUUCAAAGGAUAUCCAUAGACCAUCGUCACCAAUCAUACAAUUUUGCUCCCCAAUGCAGUUUGUACCGAUGUUUGAACCUGUAUUUUCAAAAGAUAAAUAACACCUUUAAAUUUCUAUGUUACCUAUUUACGAAAAUAUAGUAUUUUCAAUUAAAUCGAGUUUUCUUUUAGACUUAUAAGCGGCUGACUAUCAAGCAAUCAAAAUCUUAACAAUAUUAGUAUUAUUACAAAAACACUGUUUUCAAUUCGAGUUCGUGUAAUGAUUAUUUCAGCGUCAGUGAAUAGAUUAAAUGUCCCUUUUUCAGUAAGUUUAUUACGAACACGGCACACGCUUAAUUUGAACGAGAAUUUCAGGUAGUGCGUAUAUGUAAAUUAAUUAUUAGGUAUACCCGUCUUUAUUCCAAAUAUAGGGUCGGUUCGUUCAGUUUUGCAACUGAUUUCCAAGCACGUCAUGCACUGGACACUAGAGAAAGUGACUUGAUUAUGUAAAUCUUUAUGAGUACAAUAUUCAUAAUUAUAUACUUGCAUGAUGUAAAUUCUAAAUUUGGAAGAAGAUUAUAGUACGAUUAUGCAUUUUUCAUAAACUUAAAUUACUUUUCAUGUCCCCAGCAAUCAAUGUACAUGUAAAUGUUUCAGUCUAUCAUUGUGUAUUUGUGUCUAAUAUUCAACUAUAAAUUUUAAUUUGUUUAUGUGUUUUUAUAAAAUACCUUGUACUGUCAAAGGAUAGUAUUUAUAAAUUGCGUGAUGUGAUCAGUGUUGUGAAAUAGGAUUCUAAAUCGUCUUAAUUGUACAAAAUUGUUUCAAGAAUUCUUACCUUUGUCAAAAUAUGAAUCUCUAAUUUCUUGAUAUUGUGAAUUAAUAUAUAGAGCUCAGUAUUUCAUAGAUACAUUUUUACAGACAUUGCGCCCUUUGAUAAUAUAUACAAAUGUACUAUUUUGUAGGAAAAUCUCUAGAAAAUCAACAAAAUUCACAAUAAGUUAUUCGAUUCUUUCCCUAAGACUUUAACAAUUUCAUAUAAACACAACUGCAUGAUUUUUCUAUUUCUUAUUGAUGUUAAUAAAAGGAAAACAGCAUA